AUGGUUCCUUUUCAGUUCCUCACUGGAUUGGGCUAUAGCGUUCAUGCAGUUUGCCCUGAUAAAAAAACUGGCGAUACAAUAGCAACAGCGAUUCAUGAUUUUGAAGGUGAGCAAACCUAUAGCGAAAAGCGUGGUCACAACUUUGCAAUUAACUAUGACUUUAACCAAGUCAACAGCGAAAACUACGUUGGAUUAGUGAUUCCGGGUGGUCGUGCACCUGAAUAUUUACGUAUGAAUGAUCGAGUAAUCGAAAUUGUUCGCGAGUUUGAUGCGAUUAAAAAACCAAUUGCCGCUGUUUGCCAUGGUGCGCAACUGCUUGCCGCAGCCGAUGACGCUUAUGUUCCGCUUAUCCUGCAUGUGCCGCAGAAGUUAAACUUGCAGGCGGGCAAUAUGCAGAUAUUGCAGUCACUGAAGCAGUCACAGAUGGACACCUGGUAA